CUUGGACGGGGCGACUGCGCAGGACCCCCCCUAUCAUGGUGCCCCGAAUCUGCUGUGCUCUGCUGCUCCUCUGUGCUGCUACCAGGUUUUUGGGGUGGCUCUGCCUUGGCACCCCCCAAGAGAAGCUGGAGACCCCCCUGGAGCUGAGAACCCCCCAAAAGGAGGAGCUACAGGAGCAGCUGGAAGGAUCAGAAGCCCCCGUCCACCCCAGCCUGCAGCCACCAGUGCUGGAUGAGACCCUCAUCACCAACGGGCAGCUCCGGGUGGCCCAGCUCAUGGAGGACAUCGCCCAACGGAUGGGGAAUGUGAGCAGCCAUGGGGCCACGGGGCUCCGGGAAGGUCACCGGGUUGUCCUGUCCAGCCUCCACCAGGCACAGGAAAGAGCUCAGGAUGUCCAUCCCCAACUAGAGAGUGACGUGGCCCUUCUCCUGGCCCAGCAGCACCAGAUGGAGGAGGUGAUGGAGAAGCUUCAACGAGUCAACCAGAGCCUGGGGCUGGUGCUGGUGGCUGUAGAGGGUGCACGGAACCGGCUGGAGAACCAUCUGCAGGACCUUCAUGCUGUCCUUGACCCAACUGGUCGCAGCCCAAGUGCCAUCUCCACCUGUGUCCUACAUGGCUUUGUGCUGCUGGUUGGGCUUCUGGUGCUCAAGCCACCCCAUGCCAUCCUCCUCUUCCUCCUCUUCCUGGUCUCCAGCACCCUUGGCGAGCUCCUCGGCAUCCCGGCACUCUCCGCUCUCCUGGUCCUUGCUGUGGCAGGACAGUGGCUGGUGAUGACCACCCACCGUGGUGCUUAUGGAGCCUGGCCAGUGUUUCCCUGCCACCAGCUCACCUCCACCCCAAACAGGGAACACAAAAUGGAGCUGUUGCAGGAGGAGCUGGACAGGAUGGAGAUGAGCUGCCUGGAAGAGCCCUCAUGCCUGGAGCAGCUCCCAGCAAUGACAAGGGACCUCUGGAGCUUAGAAGGGAAGAUGUCACCUGUCCCUGGUGGCCAGAGGACAAAACUAAGCUCAUGUGGGGGGACCCCAGAGCAGGCCCUGGGUGCCAGGAAGCAUUGGGAGCCCAAACCCCACGACCCAAACCAGUCUCUGGCCAGUGAUGUGUCCUUGAUGUCCCCAAGGUCCCCAUGCCAGGGGCUGACCAAAGCUGGGCAGAGGUGCCGGAAGAAAGCCACCCCUGGGCAGGACUUCUGCCACGUCCAUGCCACAAACUGAGCCUCCUGCAUGGACUCAUCCCCUCAUCUUUGACCCUCUACCCCCCUACCAGAGGGGUUUUUGACCCUCCUGUGGUUCUUCCAGAUGCUGGUGAACACCUGGAGGUGGCUCAGGACCCUAAGGGUGCCAUCUGACGUGGGAAUGGGACUGUGCUGCAGGGCAGAUGCUCUUCAUCCCACCAGUUUUAGGCUAUUUGCAUAUAUUUUAAUAAACGCCACAUUUACAUA